CCUUGCCGAGCGCCGGAACUUCACGCUAUUUACACAUUUCAGCAAGCAGGAGCAUCAGCAGUCGUUGGUUGCAAAUUACGUAACUUCUGUGUUCACUGCUACUCAACCCCGAUCUGCUGGCUGCGUCUCCCGCUGCUCAUGUUAAUCAGUCCGCGGCGCGGUCCUGCCCUCCAUCUGAGCCUGGGGUCCGUUCCGAGUAGGUGGCCAGUGAGUCGGUGGUCGCCGCGAUCGCCCACUGCCGGGAUUACAGUCCCCAGUUACUGCUCAGCCCGGCUCACUUUGCUCCUGGGGCCUCUCGUCCGCACAGCCUAUCCAACCGGGGAUUUCUUCCCUACUCCUUAAAAUUCUAACCAAAAGCAUCCGAUGCUCACAAUGCAACUGAUUAAUCGUAACUGUCCAGCUACCGAAUACUAAUUUUAAAAAAUGAAAGGCAAAACCCGACUCAGACCCCUCCGCACACCCUGCAGGACCGGGUGCCACCCCUCGGAGGCGGGAGCGCCCUCAGCGAAGGCGGUGCCGGGGCCGCCCCUCUCGGUCACGGGGUGCGCAGCACGGCCAUGGCGGCGCCCGGCGCAGCGAUGGCGGCUCCCAGCGCCGUGUGGCUCGGCGGGGACCCGGUGGAGUGGGUGCUGUGCCCCUACGACGUCCAUCACCGUGUUCCCCGCGCGUCGCUGGAGAGGCACGCGGCGUCCUGCCGGCUCCGCAGGAUGGGAUACUCCGCCGAGGAGGAGGCCGAGAUGUACGACUCCAGCUUUUUCUACGGAAAGCUGAAGGUUCCCAGCAUCGCCAUGGAUAAAGAUCUACAGUUUCACAUUAUUAAGCAGGCUAGAGCCCAAAGUGUGAAGGAAGGUGCAGGCUACAGUGAAGGUUCUUACUCAUUACUGCCCAUAGAAGUUCCUCAAAACCACAAGCGUUUCACCUGUGACCUGACCCAAGCUGACCGCCUUGCCCUUUACGAUUACGUUGUUGAGGAGACAAAGAAACAGAGGUCCAGAUCCCAGAUUACGGAAAAUGACAGUGAUCUCUUCGUGGAUUUAGCAGCAAAAAUCACCCAAGAUGAUAGUCAGAAAGGUCCAAAGUCCCAUCUUGAAAUUCUGGCUGAAAUGCGAGAUUACAAAAGGCGGCGGCAGUCAUACAGAGCUAAGAAUGUUCAUAUAACAAAGAAGUCCUACACUGAGGUGAUUCGGGAUGUGAUUGGUGUGCAUAUGGAAGAACUCAGCAAUCAGUGGCAGGAGGAGAAUAGGUUGGAUAAUGCAGAGAUAUGUGAAGGAGGGAAGUCAAAGUCUUCAGGAAGAAGGGAAGACAGGCGGUCAGCUUCGGUGGACUCGCGGCAGUCUGGGGGAAGCAGUAAGGACACGGAGUGCACGAGACACAGGAGAGACACCAGCAGGAGUCCAAGUAAACGAAGGAGGAGUCGUGAGAGAGGCAGAGACAGAGACUCUCGGAGAAAAAGAGAGAGGGAUGAAGACAAGUAUUACAAUCAUAAAAGAAGAAAGUAGGAACAAGAACAUGAUUAUUUUGUUUGCCAGCUGUUCAGAACAUAACUUCCACAAGAACUAUUAUUAUUGCUGUUUUUUCCAAGACAGUAAAGGUGUGCACAUAAUAUUGGUGUUGCAUCACACCUGUGCUGCUUGGAGACAAAAAAGUGCUACAGUUUGUCAGGAUGGAAGCAGUAUAUUUCAGAUAAUGUGUAAAUCUGUAACAUUUAUACAUCUGUUAAUAAAUUAUAUUUAUCUCUCAUGUA